UGUAUAUGAACACUACUGAUAAAGAUAGUCUGGUUUCCUUACAGAAUGCUUGAAGUUUCGUGGUAAACGGCGGCCGAUUUCGCCUCAAGCUUCUGUCGUCGAUGUAUUUGGAGUGAGUCGUGGCCCGAAGUUGCCGAACUUUGACCGUAAUUUCUUGUACCGGAGUUGGACUUUGUUGUAGCUGAAACCAGCAACGUGUUGGACAUUAUACCAAACAUGGGGGAACACAUGUCAACAUCGAUGGCAAGACUCAAUGUUUUGUCGUUGUAUUUGCUGCUAAUCGCGACGAUAUUUCUCGUGCUUGCUUCAAGAAUCGCCAGGGCACAAGUUCCCGAUCAAGAUUAUGGUGCAAUGGGAAAUCCAGAUGAACCUAUACCGGAGUUUAUCGUUGAACCAGAAGAUGGUUAUAUAGUUAAAAAUGCCGACAUCACGUUGACGUGUGUGGCAGCACCAGCAAUGCAUAUUUAUUUCAAAUGUAAUGGGGAUUGGGUGAGAGGGAAACAUUUAGUACAGCAAGAAACAUUGGAUGAGGCAGGCAACGCACAAAAAGAAGCUAGCAUAGUUUUAACACGCAAUGAAAUAGAAUCUUUUUUUGGGGAUGAAGAUUACUGGUGUCAGUGCGUUGCCUGGGGAGAAGGAGGUUCAGUUAAAAGCAGAAAAGCAACGAUAGUUAUUUCAUUUCUUAAAAAAGCAUUCGAAAGAGAACCGCUUGGGGCCAAUAUUGAGAUAGAAAGUGCUUUUCAGAUGAUGUGUCGGCCACCGGAGGGAAAUCCACUGCCAGAUAUUUAUUGGGAGAAAGAUGGAAGGCAGAUUGAUGUUCAAGAGGAUCGGAAUUACAUCAUUACAACUGAUGCGAGCCUAAUUAUAAACCAAGCGAGAUUGGCAGAUACUGGAAAUUACACAUGUGUAGCACAAAACAUGGCCAGUAAAAGAAAAAGUGAUGUUGCGAAAGUAAAUGUAUACGUUAAUGGUGCGUGGUCUACGUGGAGUGCUUGGACCGGUUGUGACAGUAGAUGCGGGAAAGGAAUCCAGAGAAGAACCAGGACCUGUACAAACCCGGCGCCUCUGAAUGGCGGAGCACCGUGCCCCGGAAGUUCUAGCCAGACAUCACCAUGUACGACACUUUGUCCUGUUGAUGGAAGCUGGACAUCUUGGAAUGAGUGGUCAAAUUGUAGUCCGGAGUGCAACCAUAUACGUAGUCGUACAUGCAGUAAUCCACGGCCGCAAAACAGUGGCAAAUUGUGCAAAGGAUUAGACAUGGAAUCGCGAAAUUGUACUGAUGGUUUGUGCAAAUUAGUUGGAAUUGAAGGAGCUGAACAUCAAGAAAGCGAUCUGACGGAGCCCAAAGUCAAAAAGGGGUCAGGUGAUGGUAUAGCCUUAUACGUUGGACUCAUAGUGGCAUGUGUGGUGUUUAUGCUGGUGUGCGUCUUCAUCGUCUACCUGAUUCAUCGCAAAGUUCGUCAAGCUGGUGUGUAUAUAGACAUCAAUGCUUCAGAUAUGACACUUCCUGGAGCUUGUCCAAACCAGAUAAAAGGGCACAAAAUUGGGCAGGACAACGCUCACAUGGCGAUGUUAUCUAUUCAGCCUGAUGUCACACAGUCGACAUGUCAAUUACGCAAUCAGAAUCUGAUGAUGCGAAAUGGCGAUAUGGACACAACGAAGUUGGUGAUGAUUUCACCGCCUGUGCCUCCAAUCUACAACAUACCUAAUAACAAAUCCAAAAUGUCCGAUUCAAUGACGCUGAGUGCUACAACGCCGAGUGAAAAUAAGUACGAAACCAUUCAGCCUUUAUCUUGCCCGGAAUGUUCUGUCACGCCAUCGCAAAUUUCACCGCGAUCGUCAUUUGUGUCUUCGUGCUACUCUCCUGUUCAUUCGCCGGAUAAAGAACUAAAUGUGCUUCCAUUGGAUGAUGAGGCCUUGAAAGAAAAACUUGAUAUUAUCCGGGAGACAGACUUGAUUGGCUCCUCAACGGACCAAUCAAUAAAAAUGGCUGUGGAAACAGAUGAUUGCAACUCAGAAAAGAGCUUUGGGACUCUUAAAAGUUUAUCUGAUAGCAGUUCGCGGCCAAUGUCAAUGUAUGACUCAGACAAUCUUGGCAAUUCUAUGUGUUCAAUUGCGAGUACCACAUUACCUACACAUAUUGACCCACGAUGCAUUGCCUGGGGCAUGAUGGGACACCGAGGAGGCAGACUUACAGUCCCUGAUACAGGCGUUAGUGUACUUAUUGCGGAAGGUGCUUUGGCCAAAGGUCAGACUGAAGAAAUUUACAUUGCUGUGUGCAGAGAGGAAAAAGACAGGCCGAAGGUCAAAGCAGGCAAAGAGACAAUUUUAAGCCCUGUUAUAAUGUGUGGUCCAACACAUCUGAAUUUUAAGAAACCUGUGGUGGUUCAGUUUCCACACUGUGCACACGUAGAGGGUUGUAACUGGGUGUCUUCAAUAUACACAUGUGACUCUCAUCCAGAUGAACCUAACUGGGAGAAGGUCGUCACAAUAGGGGAGGAAACAAUUAACACACCAUUAUACUGCCAGUUGGACGAAUCAGAGUGCUUCUUGAUGGUGGAUCGACUGUCAAGGUUUGCGUUAGUUGGUGAAUCAAGACCAGGUCAUGAAGCGUGUAAAAUAUUGAAAUUAGCUGCAUUUGCUCAACCGCUGAGAUCGUUAGCAGACUAUAAUAUUAGAGUCUAUGUUGUUGAUGACACGCUGGAAGCCUUGGAGGGUGUGGUACAAGUUGAACAAAGGCUCGGAGGGCAUUUAUUGGACAAACCCAAACAAUUGGAAUUUGUCGAUAGUGGUGCUAGCCUCUGUCUGACCAUUGACAAUAUUAUGACUGGAUGGAGAAGCAAACUCUCGGCCAACUAUCAGGAGAUUCCGUACUACCAUAUAUGGAGUGGCAACAUGAACGCCUUGCACUGUGCCUUCACUCUGGAGCGGUUGGAUCGACAAAUACAGAAGAUCCACUGUCGGAUAACAGUCUAUCAGGUGUCAGGCGGAAAAGAAAAACAAUGUCUGCAAAUUUUAACGAAUGUUAAUGAGACUAAAGCACAGUUUCCACCAGAAAUGUUGUAUGGACUUGGUCGCAGCCGAUCCUCUACUGUCACAACAAAUUCCACUUCAGGUUGCAGUUCUAUGACUGUUGAUCCACCUAGCACAGUUUUUAGGAUUCCACGGCCAACGCGGAAUAAAUUAUGCAUCUGUCUGGAUCGACCAAUGAAGAAAGGCAAUGACUGGAGGUUGUUGGCGAGAAAGUUAAAAGUUGAUCGGUAUAUUAACUUUUUUGCAACAAAACCAAGUCCAACGGAACACAUUCUUGACUUGUGGGAGGCACGAUGUCGAGGCGAGAGAGCGCUGUCGGAUCUUUUAAGAAUAUUCAAGGAAAUGGGUCGAAAUGAUGUGGUUGACCUUAUUGAAAAAGACGUAGGGUCCUGGAUUUAAUGAAUCGAACACAAGCAGCUUAUUGGGUAGAUCGCCGAUUGUGUUUGAAAACACACAAAAUGUAUAAUGAGGCAACGGAAAAGGAACAGCCCACCAGAUAUUUUUUAUUGUACCAUUUCAUGUACAGAAAUACUACUAGUUAAUGCAUUCUACUAGUAAACCUGACUGGAUAUUAACUUCUGAUCUCAUUUGAUAAGUUUAACUUGAAAACUGCCAAUGCUUUUUCUUUCCUUUUUUUCACUAUUUUAAAAGAAAAAAAUAGUGUAUAGUUCGAAAGAAUGUUUACAAAUGUUAUUGUUUCAAGUUUUGUGAAAUAGAUUUCAUAACAUAACCUUUAUAUCAAGGUUUUUCCAUACAAGAAGGUAUGAUGCGAUACAAUCAAAAUUUGUAUUAGUGGCCUGGUAACCUGUAUUAUUAUCAGGGCUAUUCAAAUCAAAAUUUUGUACUUUUUAAAAAGGCCCGGGGGCCUGAAUUCUUUAUAUUUUGCAAUUCAAGUGUGUCACCUAUACAACUCUUGUGCAUUCUAAUCAAAACAUUUUUGAAUUUGAAGUGGCCUGAUAACUUGAAUUCUUUUAUAAAUGGUAAUUCAAAGUUGCCUGGUACCCUGAAUACUAUGUGUAUGGCCAGAAAGUCGUACUAUUCAAAUCAAAACUGUGUUCGUGAAAUUGCCCAAUUUUUGUAAUUGAGUAGACAUGUUAAUUUAUGUUGGGAAUCAGUUCACCUGCAUAUUUAGGUUGACACGAUUUACAUAAAGUGGUCGAAGUUGACGUAUAUUGCAUGAUUAUUUAUUGGACCAAUCAUGUUUAAAAAUCUAAUUUUUUUGGGGAUAUUAUGAACAUUUUACUUCAGUCUCGUUGAGGAGUAGACACCCCCUGUAGGUUUAUACCAUUUACAGAAUAAAGGAAGAGGGGGGUGUUCACUGAUAAUAUAUUAUUUUGAAUACAUUUCCUGAUGUUUAUACAAUUUUGAUGUGAUUCUUCAAUUUUGUAUUAUUCUUGUUUUUGUUACACAAAAUGUUAUAUAGUGCAUCAGAUUAUUUGAGUUCCCUUUGAAAUAAACUCUCAAUGCCUUUUUUUUUAAUAAAAAAAAAAAGGAACACUUU